GCUUCCUGUCAUAUGAUGAAUAUCGAGUUAUCAUUUUUUGUUUACAAACACCUAGAUCAUGUUCGUCUAAAUUAUCUCAAGUUCAAGGCAAAAUUCCAAGAUAAACAUCCAGGCAUGGCGGAGGGAGGUAGAAACAGAUCACGUAUCGUCAGGGAGGUUAUUGAAAUAAAACGUGAUGGACAACCACCAGAGAAAAUUGAAGUCCAACCAGGAAUGGAUCCAAAACAACAGAAGGCGGUGGAAGAUUUGAUUCACAGACUUGACCACGAAAGGGACCAGAUUCAAGAGGAGAUGGAUCGCAUAUUUGGACCCCUACCUGAAGCCUUUGUUAAGACUGGUGAGCUACUGUCAAAAAGUAAGAGUCCUUCACCGGAGGAGAGAGGUGUAUCACCCAAGCCUACAAAAGCCCAGAGAGAGACACCUGCUAAACCAAAAUCCCCUACGAGAGAGGGUCCAAAUGUUCAGUUUGAAGAAACUCCAACGACUUCGAGACCGAGACCUGCAUCACCCGGAACUGUGACUCCGCAACAUCAUCCCGAAUACAGUCAGCAGCCUGAAGGUUAUGAAGAGCAUAAAACACAAGAAAGACUGCAUCAAAAUGAACCUUAUGGCCAAAGAAAAGGGCAAGAGACAGGGCCUAGAGGAGUGCCAAGCAAACAACAAGAAACUCCUAAUCAGAUGGGAACUAACUUGCAGAAAGAGCCUCAAAACAAAGAUACACCUUACACAAAAGGAACUUUGAACAAUCAAAGGCCUCCAGAAAAUGAAAGGAUUCCAUACAAUCAAGAGACUCCUUAUAAUCAAGGGGCUCAGGAUAACCAAUUGAAUCCACACAAUAAACUUCCUCCAGAAAAUCAAGGGCAACCUUACAAUCAAAGGGGUCCAGAGAAUCAAAGAUCUCCAAACAAUCAAGGGACUCCUUACAAUCAAGGGGGUCCAGAGAAUCAAAUAUCUCCAUAUAAUCAAGGGACUCCUUACAAUCAAGGGGGUCCAGAGAAUCAAAUAUCUCCAUAUAAUCAAGGGACUCCUUAUAAUCAAGGGGGUCCAGAGAAUCAAAGAUCUCCGAACAGUCAAGGGACUCCUUACAAUCAAGGGGGUCCAGAGAAUCAACGAUCUCCGAACAAUCAAGGGACUCCUUACAAUCAAGGGGGUCCAGAGAAUCAAAGAUCUCCGAACAAUCAAGGGACUCCUUACAAUCAAAAGGCUCAGGAUAACCCAUUGAAUCCGUACAAUCAAAGGGCGGAAAAUCAAGGGUAUAGUCAAGGUUCUCCUUACAAUCAAAGUUCUUCUUAUAACCAAGGGAGUCCCUACAAUCAAGGACUUUCAAACAAUCAAAAGAGUCCAAAUAAUCAACAAACUCAACGUCCAUCAUCAGUAACUUCUCCAACAUUCCAUCCUGCUAAAUCUCCUCAUGGUGUAGCUGACCCAUACCCUUGGACUAGUCCUGACUCUUCUUCUCCCUGGACACAGAGUACAUCAUCACCUGACCUGAUAAGUCCGGAGGAAGUGAGGGAACGGUUGGACAUGAUAGAGGCAAUGCUGGACGCAAUUUCUCCAGUGGAUGAUAAACCGGGUGCUCAGCCAAGCAAACGCCAAAUAAUGACUCCUCAAAGAGAAAAGUCUGCCUCGCAAAAACGCCCAACAUCUGCAGGCCAGAAGAGCCCGGUCAGUGACAGUGGCUACCCAGGCAGUUCAGACACGACGGCACAAUCUGUCACUCCCGCUCGUCCAAAGACUAUGCAGCAGUUGAGUCCUAGGGAAAUAAAAGAGAGGCUAGACAAUAUAGAGGCAAGGCUUAACGAAAUAGCAGCUGCGGACGUUGCUGCGGAGGAUCAAUAUUCUACGAUUUCGGAUGGCUCCACAGAUGAAUUUGCUGCAAAGCUGAAACAUCUCCACGGUAAAAUCACAAAGGGAAUAGAACGAGUCGAAGAGGCUAUCAAUGAAGAGGUGAGGCGUAUGCAGAUUGUAUGACCUCGGACGACGAUGUUCUCCCUCAGCAACCACAAGUCACUAUUACAGUAAAAUUAAAGACAGAUUUUAUUAAAAUUA